AUGGCAACAGAACGCUCGCUGGCUGCGCUUCUGCGCUCCUUGCAGUCGACAUCCAGCUUCGAGGACGCUUCUGGACUCCUCCCCACGGCCACCAGUUUCCUCUCCAUACUCGGCAAUCCACUGAACAUAAGUCUUCUUGCGUCGCAGUUGCUUUCUGCGCCUGCAUUGUGGAAUCACCCGGUUGAUUUGCUCGCAUGUCGCAAGAUUCUCAGCGUCUUCAACACCGCCGCCAUCGCGGUCCUGCAACAUGACACCACUGAAGAAGCUCAAAUACCCCAUGGCGUGGGGCGUAAUCGCCGGAUUGAGCGUGAAGCUUGGGUGAAGGCAAUUGCAGAGGGCGCGGAUGACAAGUCGCCGCGGUGGAGACAUAUGCUCCUCCUGGGAGGUAUAUUGCUUGGUUUUGAGGGUCAGAAUCGACAGGGUCUGCCCUGGCGUAUUCGUACGAAACUUGAAUCAGCCUUGACGACUGCCGCACAGCUCUCGUUGCAGGAGCUAGAUCCCGAGAGUGGGAUUGAUGGUGCUUGCAUCACGAUGGUGUUAAACUAUACAUUUGAACUUCUUUCCGAUGCGCAUCGGAGUCAAGUAGACUACGAUCGCUUGCUGCCUAUCAUGGUGCGGUCAAUAUACCACUCACCUGAGGGAUUGGAAAGUGGUUAUUUCUUGGGCGCCAUCGACGAGGAUAUCGUGGAGGUCUCAGGAAAAAAGUUCCGCUGGGCCCAGAGUUCGUCGACGUUCGAAUACGUGAGAACCGUGAGUGCCCGGCCCUUGGUUGGUGCUUUCGGACCGAUAUCAAGAUUGAUCUCGCAUGCGGUGGAAAACGUGCGCGAUCCGAAGUUAGUCGCGCAGGUUGUGGAUUAUGUGGCGGAUUUUGUGCGAACUCUGAUGGUACAGUGGCGCCAAAACAAGUUAUCCGAGGUUGAUGUGGCCGAGGAAUCAGAGUUCCUGGAAGCAGAGUCAUUGCAAACUACGAUUCCAGCGCUAUGGGGUCUGCUACGCAACUGCAUGUAUUCUGUGGUCAUUGUUCUGCGUGCGGUCCUUGGUCGAACGAUCAAUGAUCCAGCCCUUGCUACUGGCAGCAGUGCUCCCUAUCUCUGCAUGCAAGCUCUUCACAUCCUCCGCAACUUAAGCUUCAUCUCUUCCCGGACUGGCCAAACCGGGUCCUCACAACAGACCUUCGUCUUCCUCGCCGCCAUUGAUAUCCUUGCACAAUACCCUGACCUGGCAGAGAACUUCCUCCGCAGCAUCAAGCCAAAUGAGAUUGGACAAAUACCAAAUCACCCAGUGGAGCGUUCUCUCGACCUCUUCUUCUUGUACACGGCGGAACAUUUCCCCAUGGUUCUGACACCCGAUGCCUGCGAAGAGCUUCUUCUCUCGGCCGCUUUCCCCUACCUUGCUGCUGGGGCCAACAGCCUUUUACUCGAGAUCUUCGAAGCCGCGCACAGUUUGGUUCUGGUCGUCUUUGCCGUUCCGCAAAACGCCGAUCUAGCUGCGAAGCAUCUGCCAUUUUAUAUCGAAACCCUUUUCGCCGUCUUCCCCGAAAAUCUCUCAGCCCGCCAAUUCCGACUCGCCUUCAAAACCGUCAUCAAAGUGACCACCCCUCCGUCCCUCCUCUCCAAUACCCAACCCCUUCUCCCCUCCAUCCUCCUCGAAGUCGUCCGCGACCGAGCCCUAACCGCAUCUACCGACCCCAUCCCUCCCACAUCCCCUUCACAAUCUCAAUCUCAACCCACCCAAUCUGCAGAUCCAUCCCAGCCCCUCCUCUCCGCACAAGCCGUUCUCACCCUGGCCCUCAUCGACUCGCUUUCCUAUCUGCGCGUCGACGAUCUCAAGGAGUGGCUCCCGCUCACGGCGGAGUCAAUCAAUGCUAUUGCGGACCGCGGCAUGCGGCGUGCUUGUGUUGAUCGGUUCUGGACGGCGCUGAGCGGUGGGGAGAUGGAUGUUGAUCGAGCGCAUUGUUGCGUGGAGUGGUGGAGUACGAGGGGCGGUCGGGAGCUUGUGCUUUUUGGGGCUGAGAGUGCAGGUGGUUCUGGCCCUGGGGCUGGACUUGGGCAGGAUGAAGAUGGAGAUGGAGCUGGAGCCCAGGGGGGGCCGUUUAUGAGUGGUGCGUUGGGGGCGGUUGCGCCGGAGAGGGAGAGUAAAUUAUAA